CCACUCCAGUCGAAUUGAGUCAUCCACAGCAGAGCCCAUGUCUCACAAAGUACCGCCACAGUCAGCGCCGACGGCCUUCUCUUCACCUUCAGCUUCCUCGUACAAGCGAAGGUCCUUACAGUCUCCGUUCAUCCUGAACGACUUGGCUGGUGACCCAGACCAGGAGAAGUCACAGCCGAAAAGGGGUUCUGAUCACGAUAGCAAGUCUGAGGAGGAAAAAGAGCUUGAGGAGAGAGAAGACAGCAUGAACGUUUUUGGCGCAAACAGCUAUUCAACAAAGGAUGAAGACCUUGUAAUACAUAGGGGUGGAUCCGAUGACAACACAGGGCCCGUUGGUACGCCGACGCCGACCAAUGAGACAUUUUUGUACGACUUCCCUCAGCCACUGAGGACCGACUCUCCAAAUCUGCCAUCCCAGAGAUACUCAAUGCAGUCCUUAUCUAGCGUGACAAGCAAUUUGAAUCCGUCUCUUACGACAUCAACAUCGACAAGAAAACACAACAGGUCAAGGAGCACGGCCUCUGCGACUUAUACGCCCACCAACAUACCUCCCUCAAAACCAUUUUCCCGACAAGAUACCCCUCCCUUGACUGACUCUAACGGAGUAUUCGCAGGAAUUACAAACUCCCCAUUACGCUCACCUGCACACCAGCCCUUCAAAUUCAAUUCAAUGAUAAUGAACAAUUCAUCAGAGAACCUGGCGCAGCCUGUUUCCUCGUCACCGCAAAUACUACCCAAACCAUCCUAUCGUCGAGGCCAUCGAUAUAAGCAUUCCUCCGUGUCUAUGAAUAUGUUCCAAGACCCACAACGUAAGGCAUCAACUAACAAACCACAUAUUUUACCCAAGAAAUACACCAUUCCAACCUUUAACGAAGUGACCUCUAUGAUCACAAGUUCUCAAAAAUCCAAACUUUCAGUGUGUUUGAUACAGGGCUUCUUUGUGUUGUUGGCCUACAUUGCUGGCUUUCAUUAUUCCAACGGAUGUUUGUCAACACUGGCACACAUCCUCUUCUAUGACGUCAUUUCAAAUUUCUCAUCAAUUGCCGUACAAAUAAUGAGCAACUUUGAAGUUUGGAGAGUUUCGUCUCUUAAAUACCCAUUUGGAUUGGGUCGUAUCGAAGUCUUGAUCGGUUUUGCCUUAUCAGUUUCCCUUCUUUUCGUUGGACUAGACCUAUUCUCUCAUAUUGUUGAGGAAAUGAUGAUGAGCUCAUUCGAGAAUGACAACGAAAAUGCAAUCAAUUCACAGGGUCAUUCUCAUGGGCAUUCUAACGGAGAAAGUCCUCAUCAUCUGCACCCAGUAUUGUACGAGAUUUUCAUCUUGGGGACGAUAGUUACCACACUACUCACAUCCCACAUCGUAAAUGAUACCACUACUUCUGAGAAGAAGGAAGAACAUGAAGAGCUCCCGAACAGACCUGAGUCAAAGAUUGCACCUAAUGUCAAAAGAUUAAGUUCUAUAACUCUAAAUGAACCAGCACGAGAAGGGGUAUUCAAUCGUCUUGGAAUAUACAUUAAGUCGAAACUAGGACUCAAACCAAAUUUAUUUCACAGUUCUACUACUAACCUUUCUGUUUUGUAUGCAAUAUACUGCUUGUACUAUCCCUUUGCACAAGGAAUACUAAGUUUACAUACCGGGAAUACGCUACUAUCUGUCAUUGGGCUUUCUUCCAAAGAUGAACAUAUGAUUGAUAGUGAACACAAACAUGAUGAACACGAGUAUGAACAUGAGUUAUUGAAUAACGAUGCACUGGAAGCUACUAAAUGGAUAAAUGAGGUUUCAACUGUAAUCAUGGCAAUUCUUGUCUCUGUCGUGGCAUGGAGGCUCAUCUGGAGGUUGGGCAAUAUUUUACUUCUCACAAGCCCUUCUAUUGCUUUUGACAAAAAGAAUAAAAUUGCAACAGCUAGUGCCGAAGUAGAUCGUAUCGGAAAUCACAGUGAUGUCGAAAGCUUAAUUGUUUCCAAUGUGAGGCAGUUGGAUGUUUAUAAAAACUCUUACAGUAUUGAGGAAGUGAAAAUUGCACGUGUGAAUACAAGGGUUUAUGUGGUCAUUAUCCGUAUUCUCAUGCCUGGAGCAUCAGAUGAUGAGGAAUCUAAGUUCAGGUUCUAUACUAUGAGAAUUGUUCGUGGUAUAAUGUACAAAUGUGUGAAGGGCCAGCUCAAGAAAAGGAAGGGUUUUCUCGGUGAUGGCAGCAGUGAUACUAGGCAGAACACUGAAAGCAUUGCAGAAGAGAAUAGAAGGUCUCUAAUCGAUUUAUUGAACCUAAGCACCAGUAUAGAGGAUGUGGAAGGAAUUGACAAAUCAGGAGACCAGUUCGAGAUUACAAUCGAUGUCGGCAGAUUGUGAGGGCAACCGAGCUGAUUCUUUUUCCUCUUCUACUCCCUCUUCUUCCCCCUCUCCUUCUUCCUUUUCAUUUCACACUAUAUUCUGCGUCUUGUACAUCCUUUGUCAAUUUCUCAUCGAUUUACCCUUAUAAAAAUAACUUAGCCCAUAAACAUGCCAAUUGUAUCACGUCUGGCUGAUUUUACAAAUCAGUUCGAAAGUCUCAUAUUUAUCACCACUUUUUUGACUCUCCUCUCUUUUUUUUUCUGGUCUUUAUUUAUAAGUACGUUUAGUGGAAAAUAGCUCGC